AUGGUAAACUUAAUUGGGUGGUUUCCAGACGCACACAAUGCAGAUCCUGGAACAUCAUAUCUCAAUAACUUCAUCGCACCUUUCGGACCGAUAAAGAAAAAAGAAAAAGAUUAUCCCGCUGCUCGUUCUGGCCAUCGAUGCUUCACAGAUAAUGAUUAUCUGUAUGUUAUUGGUGGUUUCACGCAUCAAUUCAGAAAUGGAUCUAUUUUCAAAGAGUUUUGGUCUAUGAGUUUAGCCACAUUUGAAUGGAGACGUUAUGAAGUGAUAGGGGAUUUUCCAGAAACUUUGGCUUCCUUCUCAAUUGUUCAAAUGUUCCCCUUCUCUAAAACGUUUAUUUUGUUUGGUGGGAGCGGAACCGACUUUGGUCAAACCUCUUCGAAUAGUUUCUAUUUUAUUCGAAUUAACAAUGACAACUGUUCAAUUGAAUCACAAAAGAUCGACGUGCAAGGAACAAUCCCUCCGCCAGUAUAUGGUCAUGCCAUGUGUGCAGGUGAAAUACCAGGGAAAUUUUAUAUUAUUGGUGGAACAGAAGGUAUUUUGUACAAUUUCGAUGUUCACGCGCUGACCAUGCGAGCAAACUCCGAAGCUAAGAAUGAUAAUGAGAAGUUCAGCUGGCAUUGUGAACUUGUGACAAAAAAUUUGAAUUUUGCUGGACGCUACCGAAUGGAAGCGACAUAUGAUGAAGUAAAAAAUGUACUGAUUUUCUUCGGUGGAGGCAACAACGAAGAAAUGGCUGUACUUGAUGUCCAGAGUCGAGUUUGUUCAGAAGUAAGCACUCACCCUGAUAGUGUAAACGGGUUCCCAUUACCUCGCCGUUGUCAUACCAUUGUUCGUCACGGACGAAAAGUUAUUAUGACUGGUGGCAUCAACCAUACCACAAAUGUCAAUGAGAUUCCUCUUCAUUCUGACGUUUGGAUUUUCAAUAUGGAGAACUACUCAUGGACCAAGUAUAAUCAUUCCCUUCCCAAAUCCGUUUUCUUCCAUAGUUCCGCGAUCACUGAAGAUGGGUGGAUGCUGAUAUUUGGUGGUGCGCACGGAAUAGCUACUUCUUCGCCAAGAAAUAAUAGAUUGCUUGGAGCGUGGUUCGGAGUUCCACGAUUACAGAGAUUUGCGCUUGAAACAUUGAGAAAAGAAUACCCAAAUCACCAAGCAGACAUUCAAGUACUAGGACCACGACCUCAAAGAAGAAGACGACCUCCACGCCAGCCACCACAAGUGAAUGAUCCGAUACAAAAUCUCCAAAAUGUGCAACAACAAGUUCGCCGCCUUCUUGAACAGCUAUUCGAGCAUCGUUUCAACAAUGAUGAAAAUGAAGAAGACGAUGAUUCCGAUCUAGAGGUGGAAGCAGGAGAUCAUGAGAACGAUCCUGAUGCGCCAUUCGAUGAGGCAGCUGAAGAUCUUGAAAACCAACUUUUAGAACUUCUGCAAAGACCACAUAGAAAUAGAAAUCCCGAAUGA